UUCCUGUAACACAUUGUUGUCCCACUUAAAAAAUUCUCCGUGUGUUUCAAUUCUAAGAGGUAAGCAGUAUUAAACAUCUUUUUUUUUAAUUUUUUUUAUUUUUGAGAGAGAGAGACAGAGACAGAGAAGAGCACACGUGGGGGAGGGGCAGAGAGAGGGAGAAUCCGAAGCAGGCUCCAGGCUCCGAGCUGUCGGCACAGAGCCCGAUGCAGGGCUCGAACCCACGAACUGUGAGAUCAUGACCUGAGCCAAAGUCAGUUGCUUAACCAACUGAGCCACCCAGGUGCCCCUAAACGUCUUUUAAAGAAUGUCUGGACUGCCUGGGUGGCUCAGUUGGUUAGGCAUCCGACUCUUGAUUUUCGCUCAGGUCAUGAUCUCAUGGUUCAUGAGUUCAAGCCCCGCAUCGGGCUCUAUGCUGAUGGUAUGGAGCCUGCUUGGGAUUCUCUCUCUCUUCCUCUCUCUCUGCCCCACAUGCGCGUGCUCUCUCUCUCUCUCUCUCUCAAAAUAAAUAAGCUUAAAAAAAACUCAGAGAAAGUCUGUAAGACCAAAUUUGACAUCCCUUGUGGACAAUAUGAAUAUUAAGGGGCCUCCUUAUGUUCUACGGUUUUAUGACCAAAGUUGCCGAGCAUGUAUCUGCCCACCAUGUGACCGUAAUCCAUCAUAUUACCAUGAGCACAACUGGAAUAGUUUUAAAUGCUUAAAUGGGUUUUAACGCCAGUACCGACUGGUUUCGUACUUUCUUAGUGGGGAAUGUGCUAAUAUAGGGAAGUGGCAUUGCAGGGAGGCGGUAUCACAAAGAGCAGUUUCAGGACUGUUGAUGGUGUCUUCUUAGGCUUGUCAGAAAUGGAAUUUGGUGAUCCACUUUUUGUUGUAUCCAGAAAGGACUUGUGCAAAAUCUCUACCUGGUGUCAAUUUCCUUUGCAGGUGACUUUUCAGAUCACCCCUCCAUGUACCCAUGAGAGGCAUUAUGAGCGUUUUGGACGAUGCUGUCAUAAAUGUGAACCAGGAAAGUACAUGUCUUCUAAAUGCACUACUACCUCGGAGAGCGUAUGCCUGCCGUGUGGCCCGGACGAGUACUUAGACACCUGGAAUGAAGAAGACAAAUGCUUACUGCAUAAAGUCUGCGACUCAGGCAAGGCCCUGGUGGCCGUGGAGCCCGGCAACCGGACGGCCCCGCGGCGCUGCGCCUGCACGGCCGGCUACCACUGGAGCGCGGACUGUGACUGCUGUCGCCGCAACGCCGAGUGCGCCCCGGGCUUUGGCGCGCAGCACCCGGUGCAGCUCAACAAGGACACAGUGUGUGAGCCCUGCCUUGUGGGCUCCUUCUCAGAUGCCUUCUCUUCCACAGAAAAAUGCAAACCUUGGACCAACUGUAGCGUUCUCGGAGAGACGGAAGUACGUCAUGGGACCGAUAAAUCAGAUGUGGUUUGCAGUUCUUCUCUGCCGUCUACAAAGCCACCAAAUGAAUCCAAGAUAUACUUGCCCGGUUUAAUUAUUCUGCUUCUCUUCAUAUCUGUGGCAUUAGUCGCUGCUGUCAUCUUUGGUGUUUACUAUAGGAAAAAAGGGAAAGCAGUAACAGCUAAUUUGUGGCACUGGGUCAAUGAGGCUUGCGGCCGCCUAAGUGGAAAUAAGGAGUCCUCAGGCAACAAUUUUAGCAGCACUCAUAUGGAAGCCUCUAGUCAGCGUGAAAUUUGUGAAGGUGUCUUACUGCUGACUCUGGAAGAGAAGAUGUUUCCCGAAGAUAUGUGCUGUCCAGACGGCAUUGGCCUCUGUGGCGGUGUGUGCUCAGGGGGUGGUCCCUGUGCACAGGGAGAAGAUGCUGGAAUGCUCACCUUGGUCAGCGAGAUUGAGGGGGACCCCUUCAGGCAGAUGCCCACGGAAGACGAAUAUGUAGACAGGCCCUCCCAGACCCCAGACUCUUCACUGUCCCUCCCUCGGCCUGGCAGCAAAUCCACACCCCCUUUCCCUGAGCCCCUGGAGGUGGGGGAGAAUGACAGUUUAAGCCAGUGCUUCACUGGGACAGAGGGCUUGGUGGAUUCUGAAAGCUGCAAUUUCACGGAGCCCCCGUGCAGGACCGACUGGAUUCCCAUAGCCCCCGAAAAGUACUUGCAAAAAGAAGUGGAGGGUGGCAAUUGCCCCCACUGGGCAGCCAGCCCCAGCUCUGCAGAGGGCUGCGCAGGCUGCAGAAACCCUCCCGGGGAGGACCGGGAACCCCUCACGCCUACCCCGAAAAGUGGACCUUUGCCCCAGUGCGCCUAUGGCAUGGGCCCCCCGCCUGAAGAAGCAGCCGACGGGACAGGCCAGCCCACGGACGGGGCCGACGUAAGGCUUCCCGGCUCGAUGAGGGGAGGCCCGGGGUCUGGAAGCCCCUCCGGUGACCAGCCACCUGCAUCUGGAAAUGUGACUGGAAACAGUAACUCCACGUUUAUUUCCAGCGGGCAGGUGAUGAACUUCAAGGGCGACAUCAUCGUGGUCUACGUCAGCCAGAACUCCCAGGAGGGCCCGGCGGGGCCCGGCGGCGGCGGCGGCGGCGGCGGCGGCGGCGGCGCGGGGGAGCCGGUGGGCCGCCCGGUGCAGGAGGAGAGCCCGCCGCGCUGCGACUCGUUCGCGGGCCUCGGGCCGCGCUUCCCCGACCCAUGCGCUGACCUGGAGGCGCGCCCGGGCGGGGGGCUGCAGGAGUGCGGCUCCCCCGGGCCCGACAAGGCCUCGCGGCCGGUGCAGGAGCAGGGGGAGGCCGACAAGGGCGCGGCAAGGGCGCGGCGCUGAGCGGCGGGUGACUCGCGGCGGCUCUCGGCGCCCCCUCGGAGCCGCUCUGCGGUGGGGCGGGCGCGGACCUCGGGGCCAUCCAGCCCGGGCUCGGCGGGCACCACGGGGGCCGCGCGUUCCUACUUGGAGGCGGGGAGCCGCACGCACCUGCGCCUGGGCGGGACCGGGGCCAGGAGCGGGCCGGGAGGAGGCUCGCGCGCCCGUGCCCGGGCGGGGCCUGGGGACGGAGCGCACCUGCUCCCGGGCGGGGCCUGGGGGCCGCGCGCACCUGCUCCUGGGCGGGGUCUGGGGAACCGCGCGCACCUGCUCCUGGGCGGGGCCUGGGGACUGCGCGCACCUGCUCCUGGGCGGGUCAGGGCGGCAGCCCCGAUCUGCGCCCAGACGUCCCACUCUUCGGUACAUCGUCAACUUACCUGACAUUCUCCACCUAUCUUGCUCUUUAUAGAAUCGGGCACUUUUGAAAAACCUGCAUUUGUUGUCACCAUUCACUGUUACCCACAGUCACGUAUCAACUGAUGACACGGGUAGAUGUCGCUCCACUUUUUACCUCCUUUUAGGGUUUUCCUCCAUCCCCUCCCAUUCCCCAUUAUCAUUUCAUCAGUAGUUUGUCUCUUCAUGGCAUCUGUUUUAGUGAUUGUUAUGUUCUUUUUGGGUCUCCACCCCCCCAUAUUUGUAUUUCACUUCCAUAACAUUUUUCUUGAUACAACCCCCCCCCUUUUGUUUUUACUCUGUAACGAUUUUCUUGAAAAUUAUCCUUAGGGUGUUGGUCUUCUUUACAUAUAUUUGCACCCCUUCUUGCAAGUAGGCUCCCUGUGUUUUGGUGACGGCUUUUUUGGGGGGUAGGGAGGUCUGUACUAAGCACUUUUGGGAAAAGGCUAGGACUGUGAAGCUUGGAGGGAGGCUCAGGGAGCAACUGGAGUGACUUUUUGUUUUUGAAAUUUUUUCUGUGUUCUCGUUUUUUUAGAGGAAGGAAAAAGGGAAACCCUACUUCCCCCUGAAUGUUUUUAAGACUCUGUCAAUCCUCAGGCAGAACUAAGUGGUAGUGUGUCCUUCUUUCCCCCACUCCCAAAAUGGUUCACCCCUGAGGUGGAUGUAUUUACUCAUUCCAGUAGAGGCCGUCAGGUCCUAGCUGAAUCUCUAAAGAUCCAAGUUGCUGCAGCUUGGUGUUCUUACUUUAAACAGAAUCCUCAUAUUAUGCAUUUAAGAAAACUUAUCACAGAGACACUUUUCUCUUAGACCAGCCCUCUUGUGAGGAAACACACAGCAUGAGUCAGAUUGAAAGGAAUUACCUGGGUUGGUCCAUCCGUUGUGGUGAGUAUUUAAUCUCCUCAGGUGCCAGGGGCCACAGGUGCCCAGCUGAAGGAGUGGCCAUCAUUGAUUUCUCCCUACUGGUUGCAGAUCUCUUGGAAAUGCUGGAAAACUAUCAGCCAGUUAUGAAUUUUAAUGGAGAAGCAGAGGGUGGCUCUAUAAUUUAUGGGACUCCUUUGCUGGCAAAAAACAAAAACAAACAAACAAACAAAAACCCCUGCAGGAAGUAAUUGCAUUGCCAGGAUGAUUAGUUUAUGGGAACUUACUAUCUGUUCUGCCCAUUUUGUUAACAUCCAUCCAAAAAGAGAUGUUAUGGGGCGCCUGGGUGGCUCAGUCGGUUAAGCAUCUGACCAGCUCAGGUCAUGAUCUCAUAGUUUGUGGGUUCAAGCCCCACAUCGGGCUCUGUGCUGACAGCUCAGAACCUGGAGCCUGCUUAGGAUUCUGUGUCUCCUCCUCUCUCUGCCCCUCCCCUGCUCAUGCGCUCUCUCUCUCUCUCUCUCCCUCUCUCUCUCUCUCAAAAGUAAAUAUUAAAAAUUAAAAAAAGAGAUAUUAUAAAAGUGGAAGAAACCAUUAUACCUUUUGAUAUGGAAUGUAUUAAACAGAAAAAUAUGGUUCACAGAGUAGAAUGCUGAGCUAAAGACCCAAGUUUCUGCUAUGACUGUUAUCAUCUCACUGAUGCUACUUUUCCCAUUCUGCGCUUUCAUUUUUCUUUCUGUAAAAAAGCACUAGUGAUCAUUUUUGACACUUUCCUCACCCAGAGAUAACAAAAGGAUGCUACAGUGAAUGUUAACGUAUCUUGAGCUCCUUAAAUAAAAGGUGCUAAAUAAAUACAUAAGAAUCUACUUUCACAAAAAGGUAGUAUUCUUUCCUACCCUGAUCCCUACAUUCUAUAUUGAUCCAAACACAAUUAAAUGGUAGAAAUGUAUCGCAAAACAGGUCCGUAUCUGUGUAUUACAGAGAUGUUUGUGACAAAUGUAAACAGAAUAUAAUGAAGACAAUAAUGAAAAAUUGUUUGGGGAAUGUGACAAAGAGAUUAUUAAACUUAUAUUUGACCAUAAAAAAAAAUUUUUUUUCAUGGCUUGUUUAAACAGGGCUCUUUGUAAGGUAAUGGUGUGACUUACUCCUGAUCUCUAAGUUGUGCUGUGGUGUCGGAUGUUGGUUAUAUUGUGUCUUAUUGGUCGAAACCUCAACAACAGAGUUGGUACAGAAAUUGCUUCGCUUUGACGGGAUAUCUGCUGUUGAUCUCAUAAUAAGAAAAUUCUUUAAAACCCAGGCUGGCUGUGCAGUGAAAGAGUUGAAAUGGAUUCUAGGGUCUCCUACCCACAUUUAACUCAGCUACCAGAAGAAGGAAGAAUUCAUUUCUCUCUCUACCUGUAAGUGCAAAGAGCAGUUUGAAUGUGAUGUACUAGAACCUUCCUCUGGUGGGGGAGGGGGAUGCAUCCCUGCGGUGAAAUAAACCACUAACUUUUGGGGUCCCAGUUCCAUGAGCUGGCUUAGCUUGGUUGGGUGUUCGGGCCUGGGUGAGCCCGGGUAGGCUGACUUACCCACGUGCGGUCUGCAGGCUGGCUGGCUGGGGUUGGCUGGGCCAGACUGAGCCUGCCCACAUGCCCCCUCAUCCUUCCAGCAAGCCAGCCAGACCUUCUCUGGUGGUGGCAGAGUUCUGAGAGAGCAAGCACACGCGUGCCAGGCUCUUUGAGGCCUAGACUUAAAGUAGCAUGCUGUUACUUCUGCCACAGUCUUUUGGCCAAAGCGAGACAUGGGCAGCCCAGACUUAAGAGUUGGGGAAAACAGACCCCCGGCCUUUAAUGGGAAGAGUUGCAGAGCAAUAUAGGGAGAGGGAGGGAUGCAAGGAGAGGGAGAGUGAGUCCCUUCUCCCGUCUAUCUACCCUCACAUCCCUUCAGUGGAGAGGACUGUGGAUGCCCAUGGAGAGACACCCACAUCCACGGUUCAGUAGUGAAGUUCCUUCCAAAGCUAAGUGCACUUUCUUGGGGAGCUGGGUCUACUGUACUGCAUUCCAUUGGCACAGAUCAUGGCAAUGGUACAGUUUGGAAAGUCGGGAAAACUGGUGAAACACCUGGGCAGAGGAGCCUGUUAUAUUGACAGAUAAGAGAUGUCCUGUUCACUCUUCAUGCUGAGUCAGCAAACAACUCUUUACAGUUAGGUACUGGGCAAAAGAUGAGCCUGACCGAAGGUUCUGUCUCUGGUGGAAGAGGUGUCCUUUCGAAACGUCUGCCUGUUGUCUGAGGGGCCGUGACUCCCCUUGGCCAUCUGCUCUGGGGAGCCGUGGGGUCCUGUGGGGCACCAGUUGCAUAACCCCCUUUGAGGAGAGGGAGUAAGCGUUCAAAGGCCUAAACGAGUUGUCGUUUUUAUUUAGUGUGCUUUUUAUGCCUGGGCCCUGAGCACCCCUGAGAAAGGGGCUGAAGCCAGCUGGAGAGUCCUGAGCCAUCUGGGGACAUCCUAGGGAGUUAGCGAAGACUUUGGACAUUGCUGUGCUCACCAGAGGAGCUUCUAGGAAGAGGUUAUCUGUGGAAUUCCUGCCGGCCGCCAAGGGAGGGCCCUGCUGGUUGGUGAACAGACUGCCUUGCUGCAACCGUAGCCUUGCCAGAAAGAGGUGGGGACCUAAAAUCGGGCAGUGGUGGGGCCAGCAGCAGGCACAGAAUGUCUGGUGCAAGCACUGAAGCCGAGCCCAGCAGUGAAGGGGGGCACAGACGCUGGGAAUCCUGGACGGGCAUUUCCACGGCAGCCCCACUCAGGAACCGCCUCCCUUGGUAAAACAACCCAGUGUCCCCUAAGGUUUGAACAAGGGGAGCACAGAAUACAUUUCCAAGUGGAGAGGAACACAAGUGGAUUGUGACCCUCUAAGAUCCUCUUUGCCCUGAUUUCUCAUGCUCUUCUGAGCCUGACACUCAGUCUCUGUCUCUGUCUCUGUCUCUGUCUCUCUCUCUCUCUCUCCCUCCCUCCCUCUCCCUCAUUACUACCCAGUUAUCUUGACCCCAGGGUAAAGUUGAACCUCCUUCUUAGUUAACAACUCUUUCUUCCACUCCCCUUCGUAAAGCUGACUGUGCAGGAACACUUUCCAAACAACAACAACAAACUCUUCAUUUAAGAAUAAGGUAACUGGGGAGCUGGGGUGGGGGGCGCCUGGGUGGCUCAGUCGGUUAAGUGUCCGACUCUUUAUCUCAGCUCAGGGCAUGAUCUCAUGGUUCACGAGUUCAAGCCCCACACCCACUCAGGCUAUACGCUGACAUCACAGAGGCUGCUUGGAUCUCUCUCUCUCUCUCUCUCUCUCUCUCUCUCUCUCUCUCCCCCUUCCUUGCUAGCAUGCACUCUCUCUCUCUCAAAAUAAAUAAAUACACCUAAAAAAAAAGAAUAAGAUUAGCAAUAGCAUAGACGUUAAAUGACAAAUUGCAGGACUUUGAUAGUAACUUCAUUCUACUGCAAGGCACCGGUGAGGUUCCCCUGUUCCCCUAUGUAAUGGGACGAGCAGAAGAGUAGCAGUCAGACCUGAGGUCAAAACUCAGCCCUGCCGCUCGCUUACGGACUUGCCUCCUGCGGCUUGACUUCUUAGCCUUAUCUCCCACGUAUGUUAAUUGAAGAUGAUAAUAUUAGCGUAUAUACGGUGGUGCGAGAAUGAAGUGGGAUGAGUCCCUGUGCACCGGCAGAGCUCCUAGAAGAUGGUGGCUGCAGAGCCCCAUCUGUCACACGUCACUCUCCCUCUGUCUCCUACAGCUCUCCAUCCCUGGACUCAGCGGUGGUGUCAGACCUCAUGCUCGCUUCCUGUAAACUCACCCUGCCGUCCACCUUGGACGCAUUCCCACUCUUUUUAAAAAAAUUUUUAAUGUUUAUUUAUUUUGAGGGGGGGAAGGGCAGCAAGAGAGGGAGACACAGAAUCGAAGCAGGUUCCAGGCUUGAGCUGUCAGCACAGAGCCUGACACAGGGCUCGAACUCACAAACCAUGAGAUCAUGACCUGAGCCGAAGUCGGCCACUUAACCGACUGAGCCGCCCAGGUGCCGCUCCCAUUGUUUGAAGCUAGGUCUGAGGGCUGUGCCUUUUCCGUAGCGAAUUCACAAGACUGUGAUGGCUGACCCAAACUUGUCAUCUUCUGCCAUCACCCUUGGAGAGAAGGGGGCUUAUGUCCCAUGUAGCCCAUAAUAUACUGCCUUAACUGGCCAGUACAGUUAGAAUGGACGCUGGUGGGCCUUUCUCUCCUGGCCUCAGACAUUUGGGGAAACCGAGGGAUAGCAGGUUGAAAGGCUGUGUUUCUUUUUCUCCCAGUGUCCCUGAUGUCUCUCCCAGUUUGGGAAGGAUAGGGUAAUAAAUUGGCCACCAGCUUGGAAGAGGUGGCUUAUAGGCCCAAGCCCCUUUGGGGGGGGCAGGGGGGUAACUGGAGUGUUUCACUGUGACCCAGGCUCUUGAUUUCUUAGGGGCAGGUGUAGCCCCGGAAAUAAGCUACGUGGACUAUAAAGUCAUGAGAAAAACUACAUUCUUUUUUUUUUUAACAUAUUUUUAAUCCCUUCUAGAUGGUAUUUCUUCUUUUUUAUUUUUUUUUUUAACAUUUUAUUAUUUAUUUUUGAGGCAGAGAGAGAGAGAGAGCAUGAACAGGGGAGGGUCAGAGAAAGAGGGAGACACAGAAUCUGAAACAGGCUUCAGGCUCUGUGCUGUCAGUACAGAGCCUGAUGCGGGGCUCGAACCCACAGACCGUGAGAUCAUGACCUGAGCCGAAGUCGGACGCUUAACCGACUGAGCCACCCAGGCGCCCCAGAAAAACUACAUUCUUAAGAUGAGACUCUUAUGAGUUGUCUUAAUUUAGGCAGAGGUGGCAAAACAUCUUACCCUAAAGUAGAAAAGCAAAUUCAAUUUAUUGACUUUUGCGACCUAUUGCAAUGGCAAAGAAACGAUGGAAAAAUGAAUAUUUAAAGUUCUUAAAAGAGGGGCGCCUGGGUGGCUCAGUUGGUCGGGCAUCCGGCUCUUGGUGUCAGCUCGGUCUUGAUCUCGGGGUUGUGAGUUCGGGCCCUGCGUUAGGCUCUGUGCUAGCUGUGGAGCCUGCUUCAAAAAACAAAAAACAAAAAAACAAAACAAAACAAAAACCCCACAACAGAUAAGUAAAGUUCUUAAAAGAGCUUUUUUUUAGAUAUUUACUAUAUCAGUGGAAAAGCAAACAUAAUUUUUGACAUCAGGUUUAUUGAGUUUGUGAUUUACCUCCAGUAAGAUUCACCCUCUUUAGGUAUACAUUUUUAUUAUAAAUUGUGACAAAAAUGUAUAGUUGUACAGCCACCACAAUCAAGACAUAGACUAUUUUCAGCACCCUAAAACUUCCUGUUUCUUUUUCUAAUCAGCCCUCUUUGUGCUACCCCUGCACCCUGGCAACCACGAUCUAUUCUCUGUCCCUAUAGUUUUGCCUUUUCCAGUAUGUCGUGUAAAUGGAAUUAUAUAGUAAGGUAACCAUUCGAGUUUGGCUUCUUGCCCUGAGGCUCCAUCCAAGUUGUUGGAGGCGUCAGUAAUUUGUUCCUUUUUGUUGCUGAGUAGUAUUCCGUGGUACGGAUGCUCCACAGUUUGUCCAUUCACCCACAGUUGGAUUCUCUCCAGUUUGGGACUGUAUAUAUAAUUGCAAAAUUGUUUUUCAAUCAAAAUUGUUUUUCAAAGUGGCUGUGCCAUUUUGCAUUCACAUCAGCCGUGAAUGAGAGUCGCGGUUGAUCCACAUCCUCGUCAGGACUUGGUAUUGUCACUUGUUAGUUUUGUUUAAUUUUUUAAAGUUUGUUGAGAGAGAGAGAGAGAGAGAGAGAGAGAGAGAGAGAGAGAGAAUCCCAACCAGGCUCUGCCCUGUCAGCUCAGAGCCUGAAGUGGGGCUCGGAUUCACGAACCAUGAGAUCGUGAUCUGGGCUGAGAUCAAGAGUCAGACGCUUAACCGACUGAGCCACCCGGGCCCCCCAGUUGUUUGUUUUAAUCUGAGCCAUUCUGCUAGAUGUAUAGUAUCUCAUCGUGGCUUUAAUCUGCAGUCCACAGCUGAGCAUCUUCUCAUAUGCUUAUUUGGUUAUCUUUAUCUCUUACUUGGUGAGACAUGUGUUCCAAUCUUUUGCCCGCUUUUUUUUUUUUUUUUAAGUAAACUCUAUGCCCAACGUGGGGCUCGAACUCAAAACACUGAGACCAAGAAUCACACGCUCUACCAACUGAGCCAGCCAGGGGCCCCUUUUGCCCACUUUUUAAUUGGGUUGUUUGUUACUGAGUUUUGAAAGUUCUUUAGAUAUUCUGGAUACAAGAAUAUAUAGGUUUUUAAGGCCUUUCUACUUCAAUGGCAAAGAAACCAUGGAAGAAUACAUACUUAAGGCUUUUGGAACAUUCUGGAAGUAUCUACUAUUAGAAAAAAUAAAGGUAUUAAAGUUUUUUUUAUUUUCUAAGGAAGUUAAGUCUCAGGAGAUGUAUACCAGUAAUGUUUAUUCAGAGUAAAUAUGUCUACAAUGAAACCACAUUUCACAAGAGGACUCGCAGUGUCAGGGCCAAGAGUCACCAUGUGCUCAGGGGACUGUCAUGUCCUGUAAGGCUUCAUGGAAUGCACAGAAGUCACAUUUCUAGGGAGCACACUCACCCACGGAAACUGCGUUUUGUGAGUGACAUGCUGUUAGAAAUGUCUUUUAUCGGCCGAGGAAACAUGGAAUGUUUUUCUAUUGAUAUUUUCUGAUUUUUUUUUUAACUUACUUAUUUGCAUUCAAGGUAGUUAGCAUACAGUGUAGUGUUGGUUUCAGGAGGAAAUCCAGUGAUGCAUCCCUUACCUAUGACAGUGCUCGUCCCAACACGUGCCCUCCUUAAUGUCCGUCACCAAUUUGAUUAUUUUUUUUAACGUCUACUUAUUUAUUUUGAGAGAGAGUGAGAGUGCAUGCAUGCCAGCUGGGGAGGGGCAGAGAGAGAGGGGGAGAGAGAGAAUCCCAAGCAGGCUCUGCACUGUUAGCACAGAGCCUGACGUGGGGCUCAGUCUCACGAACUGUGAGAUCAUGACCUGAGCCGAAACCAAGAGUCUGACUCUUGGGGCGCCUGGCUGGCUCAGUGGGUUAAGCAUCCAACUUCAGGUCAGGUCACGAUCUUGCGGUCUGUGAGUUCAAGCCCUGCAUCUGGCUCUGUGCUGACAGCUCAGAGCCUGGAGCCUGCUUCGGAUUCUGUGUCUCCCUCUCUCUCUCUGCCUCUCCCCUGCUCACGCUGUCUCUGUCUCUCAAAAAUGAAUAAACGUUAAAAAAAAAAAAAGAGUCGGACACUUAACCGACUGAGCCACGCAGGUGCCCCCCAUUUCAUUCUUUUUAUAUUAAUAAUAUUAUAUUAAUGAGCUACUGGGUGAGGAGAAAAAAAAUAAAGACAAACUCCAUUAUCCUCUGUGUGUGGAAAUGAAGAGAGCAGGUGGCCUUGGGAAUAGAUAGAUUUUGUUAUCAGGGGAAAGGCUGUUGGUCACAUGAAUGGAGGGCUACGUCAUGUCUGUCGGCCAGAAGGUGACAGGGGCUCUUGUGCCCUGAUGAAUGCCUCCGCAGUUGGCCCUUGUCUGCAGGGAGGAAGCCCAGCACCUCCCAAGAGGGUCAAUGCUAGGGAGCUUCUCGAAGGAUCAGGAUCAUCCUAAGUGAGGUCCCCCAGCAGGAAGGACACCAAAGGCUCCAGAAGGACUCUUGUGCUGGUGGUGGGGUUGGAGCUGGACAGGCGGGGGCUCCUGCAGGCCCAGCCUCCUCCGACUCAGCUCUGGAGACAACGGCCGGCCACGUGCGAGCAAGGUAAGUCUGCCUUUAACCCUGGGGCCUCGCCUCCCCUCAGCAGUACACAAGUGUCUGUAUGACUGGGACAGUGCUAGACAGUGACCAGAGGCUGUGACAAGGCACAACUGAGCUCGCUAGCCUUUCUCCUCCUCUCUGGGGUGUUUGGAAUGAUAAUCUGUUCCCUUUAGACUAAGAGCUUGGGUUUCUUGGAGGACUAGAGGGGGAGGCUUCACGUGUGAGCGAUUGGACAUAUGGGGUUCCAGCAAUUAAUAGGAAAUAGGAAAAAUAAAAGAGAUGUGGCUGUAUUUACACAUGCAGGUGGUAAAGAGGAACGUGCCAGAGGGGGACCGAUGAUGGGAAAAGAGGAAUCAGGAUAUUGUGAAGUUGACCACUACUACCCCUCCCUAUCCAAAGGACCAAACAAAGUCUUUCAUGCGGACUCCAUGGCCCCACGCCUUCCAGGUUCAUUUCACACUAUUCUCUUCUACUCCAGUGGCCCUGCUCUUUUCUCUAGUGCACACACUGCCUGCCUCAGGGCCUUUGCAUAUGCUGUUCUCUCAGACUUCAGCUUUUUCCCCACAGUUCUUCCCCUGGACCUGACUUCUUUCCUGUGAGAUAGAUAAGGAAGGUAUUAGUGACUCUUUUUAAAAGAAAAACAAAAAUCAGAAAACAAGGACAAUCUAGAUGAGGAGAGGCCAUGACUUGGAGUAGGGGUCACUGAUGAGAAGAAAGUAUCAGAACCAGAGAGUCUCUCUGGCUGCCCCUCCCCAUCCUCUUCCACGAUUCCUCUCCAACUUCCCUGCCCUCUUUUCUGUGUUUCCUCUUUCCGUGUCCCUUCCUCCUUUCCUCUAUCUGUCUCUGUUCUUGUCCCCUUCCUCCUGAGCCUCCCUCACCCCAGGGCCCCUGACUGCAGAGGGUGCCAUGGUGAGAUCUUCUUGCUAGAGCUUAACCUUCUACCAAUUGCUCUCUUAGAACGUGGCCUCUUCCUAGAAAUUACCCUGUUUGUUCCUCUUGCACCCGUGGGCAUAUUGCUUCUAUUCACGGUGAAGUCCAGACCCCAUCUUCCCCAGGAAGGACCCCCUCAGACACAAAGGGCCGGGUUUGGACGCUGCCUCACCAUUUCAGCCAGCGGCAGCGUGUAUGGAUCCGUAGCACUGUCUUUAAAAAAUGGGUUUUUACACCGUUAAGCCCUGCCUGGUUGUAGUUGAAACCCAUGGCAAUGCCUCUGACCCGCUUCGGUGGUUUGUACAAAGGUUUCGGGCACUAGGAACCCGGUCAGGUGAAGUCACAUCAAUUCAAAGAAUGUCAGGAAAGCAGGGAAAAGUGAACCCCAGAAUGUCGGAAGGGUAGGAAUGACAUAGGUCCAGACACUGCCCCUCUGUUCUUCCUCCUUCCUGUUCCUCCCCGUCUCCCUUCAUAGUUUUUCUCUGCACGGUGCGUAUAACGGCUGCUCUCUUACCUAAUCUUCGGGUCCCAAAGGCUUCCAUUCCCAGUGUCUACUACCUACUGGCCAGAUAUGUGUGUUUGUGUGUGUAUGUAAUAUAUAAACUUUGUGUAGGUAUAUGUACAGUACAUGAGCUACCCGGUUUCUACAUACGACAGUUCCAAAUUCUGAGAGAUGGCCUCUGGUCAGCCCAACAUAACAUAAUCAGAGUAUCGUUCAUAGGCUGUGUGGGUCGCCCCAACCAGCUGUGGCCGAGGAGGGUCACUAACAUAAAACAAGGCCACCUGGGACAGUCAGACCUGUGGCAGGAAUGUGUCCAGCAGAGGACGGAGGAGGGUGGACCAUGUGUGCACCCUAAACUAUGCGUAGCCCCAAACUGCUUCGGUCCGAUGACAAGCGCAAACAGGAUGAGGUAGGACCUUUUUCUCUUCCUAAUUCUGCUAUUGUUUAUGACUCAAGAAGAGAUGUAUUUUUCUAGUUGGAAGCCAUAAGAAGCAGCCGCAACAGUUUAAGGUUCUGCUCUGGAGAAGAUGGGGGGAAAGUGGGGCUAUUUAGAUAGGCAUUCCUCGUGAGUCUUCCUUUUUAAAACAGGCAUUUUUAUUAAGCUGGAACUGGCUAUGAUUCAGAGAGUAAAGGAAGGAUAGAGCAACAAUUCCUGAUGUAUGAAGCAGCCGUAGAAGAGAAGGAAGUCCCGCCAUUUGCAACAAGGAUGGACCUUGAGGACAUUACGCUAAGUCAAAUAAGUCAGACAGACAAAGACAAAUACUGUACAAUCUCACUUAGAUGCAGAAUCUAAAAAACCAAACUCACAGAGACAGGGACUAUAAUGGUGUUUUCCAGGGGCAUGGGGGUGGGG